AUGUCUACUGACAGAAUAGCCCUACCGACAGAAAAUUACGAACCUUAUUAUCGCUCGCUACAGGAGUUUUCCGCGACGGUCGAGGAAAACAGCCGUAUUAUAGGCCGCAUAGCGCGUGUGAUAGACGUAGACCUUGCCUACCCCAGUUCUAAUGUUCUGACUCUCGAAACCGGCAGCAAUGGUUUGGUUUUGGAGAAAAACGGCAACGACGAUCAAACCGGCGGUACAGAAAACUUCAACGGCAGAGAGACGAGCGAAAACGGUCACGAACUGGCCGAAUCAAACACUCUGAAAUCCCCCUUCGAGUCUCUGUCCGAGACACAACAAGACGAUUACCUAAGAGAUUAUCUCGACAACGUUCUAGACAUCAAGGGUAUAUCUCUUGAUGCAGACUUCCCUUUGGAAGGGAUUGCGAACGAGAAAGUGAGGCUGUUGCUAGAAGAUAACUAUCGACUCACCGUACUCAAACGGAUGAAACUACAAAAGAACCAAGCACUUCUAAAGAUGUUGAGGGAUUACGAGGUCCUCUUGUCACAGGUGAUCAUGCCGCGUCUUUCAAAAGAGGUGUCUGAACAAAAUACGAAAACUUUACAAAACAUAAACAAGAUAGCUCUACCGGAAAGCCUGGCCCAGAGAAAUCUGGUCUGGCUGAAAUACUUGCAGUACACGGAGCAAUUGGAGAAAAUUCGGGGAUUUGCAGAGUCCAUGGAAGCAGUGUCGCUGGAGCUUCUCGAACCUCCAAGAAUUGACCGUUUAGGAGCCGAACUUGGAAUCGUUGGCAACGUUUUAGCUUACACGAACAAGAGGGAGAGAGGUGAAUCUCCUUUCAUUGUUUGA